AUGCAAUUAUAGAUAGAUAAUUAACUUUUAUAAUUUGUUUAAGACUUUUAUUAACUUUAGUAAUUAAUAUAUUCUCCCUAAUUUUUUGAUCGUAGAACUAUAUUUUUUUAAGUAGUGUAAGCUAAGCUCAAAUAUUUUUAAAAAACUAAUAUUUCAUACAUUUAAUAAAAGCAACAGAUAUUUAAUUUAUUUUAAAAAAUAUGUAAAACUAAGGUCCAACUGAAAUUAGAACCAAUGUAAGGAUAUUAAAGUGACCAUACACCAAAACUAACCACUAAAUUGAGGAAUCUGAAUCCCUUUUAGGAAAUAUUGGGAAAAUAAAGACUUUGGAAAAUAACUCAGUUUGGCUAAUCAAUAAUCAAUUAAAAGUACGUUUAGUAAAUGAUAUUUUAACUUAACCUUGGCAAAUAGUAUCGAUAAAUAUCACAAUAGAAAAUAAAUAGACAGAUAUAUAUAGUAUAGUACAUAAUAAUUUAUUUGGUUUUUAAUCUAAAUGAUUUUUUUACCUAAUUAUGUUAUAUUUUUUGA